ACACACACAUUCCAGUCAGGGAGACAUUUGUGAGCAUCUCGGGUUUUUUAUUUUUAUUUUUUAAGACUUUUUCUGUUUGUUGGAGAGUUUUUUUUGCUCGCAGGUGGGAUUCGGUUGACAAGGACGCACCUCCGGGCCGCAGGUUGACCAAGAAAACAGCCAAGUGUGCUCAAAGAAAUCAACCAGGAGAGGAGAAGAGGAUCCGGUGUUUUUUUAUUUCUUAUUUUGUCACUUUAGUCCAGAGUCCUGAUGGAUUACAUGAACAGUGGGCUGAAGUACACCCCCAAGCAGGACAAAGACUGGGACACUGCCGUCCAGUUCCUGCCGGCGUCAGACAACAAAAAGCUCGAGAAGAAGAAGGGUCCGGGAAAGGUCGGGGCUGUGAUCGGAGUCGUGAUCUUUGCUGCCGUCGUUGCGCUCAUGACCGGGCUGCUGGUCUGGCAUUUCCACUUUCGUAAAGAUAUCCGGGUCAAGAAGAUGUACAGCGGCUCCAUGCGCAUCACCAACCAGGUGUUCGAAGACGCAUACGAGAACUCCAACAGCUCCGAGUUCAAGGCGCUGGCCAAGCAGGUGGCUGCACAGCUCAAAGCCGUCUAUUCCAAAAGUCCACAGCUGGCCAAAUACUACGUGGGUUCUACCAUUCAGGCUUUCAGUGAAGGCAGCGUCAUCGCCUACUACCUGUCCGAGUUCAGGGUCCCGGCAGGACAGGAGGCGGCCGUGGACAAAAUCAUGUCCUCGAUGGACAAGCUGGUGGACAAAGAGCAGCGAACCCUGAAGAGACCCGGCAACGCCCUGGUGUUUGCGGACGUCGUGUCUUCAGCGCUCGACGAUCGCUUGUUUUCGAGAUCAUUCAACAAGCAUCUCAGGUUCGCAGAGCACACAGCGACCAACAAACUGGGACAGAUCCAGUCCCCCGGCUUCCCCGACAGCUGGUAUCCCCCCAACGCCUUCAUGCAGUGGCAGCUGAGGGCCGACCCGGGCCACGUCAUCAAGCUGGAGUUCGACACCAUGCACCUGGAGGAGAACUGCAAGAACGACUUUGUGAAAAUCUACGACUCCCUGGUGGCCAUCGAGAGCCGCGUCAUGGAAGAGAUGUGUGGCUACUACUCCCCCAGUGAACCGCUGGCCUUCCUGUCGUCUGGGAACGUCAUGCUGGUGACCAUGGCCACAAACGACAAAAACAACUUCCCCGGUUUUCGAGCUCAAAUCUCACAGGUUCGACGGGGAAGCAAAGGGACGACAUGUGGAGGCCGGCUGACCGGUGACAGCGGCAGCUUCUCUUCUCCACACUUCCCAAAUUACUUUCCUCCUAAAUUAACGUGUCAGUGGUCGAUCCAGGUCCCUGAUGGUAAGGCGGUGAAGGUGACCUUCAAGAAGUUCCUCCUGUCCGAGCCGGGCCAGGAGAAGAACAAGGACUGUCGCAAAGACUACGUGGAAAUCCACGGGAAGAAACUGUGUGGAGAACAACCGGACGGAACGGCGAUAGAAACCAGCAGCAGCAACAAACUGGACGUGACGUUCUUCUCCGACGCCUCCUACGUGGACCGAGGGUUCGACGCUCAGUUUGAGGCCAUCGACCGUAAAGACCCUUGUCCAAAGCAGUUCGAGUGCAAGAAUCAGCGCUGCAUCAAGAAGGAGCUCAGGUGCGACGGCUGGAACGACUGUGGAGACAUGAGCGAUGAGCUGAACUGCACGUGCCGCGCUACAGACAUCCAUUGUAAGAAUGGUCUGUGUAAGCCCAAGUUCUGGGAGUGUGACGACGUGGACGACUGUGGAGACCGAACAGAUGAGAUGAACUGUGGUGGAUGUCCAUCUGGACAGUUCACCUGCAAGAAUAGCAAAUGUGUUUCCGAGAAGAAGAAGUGCGACGGCAGGGUGGACUGCGCGGACGGAUCAGAUGAGCUCGACUGUGGAGGAGGCUCUAGUGUGAGCUGCACUGACCUCACGUUCAAAUGUAAAAACAACAAAUGCAUCAGCAAGGUGAACCCCGAGUGCGACGACGUGGAGGACUGCGAAGACGGAUCAGACGAGGACAACUGCGACUGCGGGAGAAGCAAGUUCAAGACGUCGCGUAUUGUGGGCGGCCAGGACGCCGAGGAAGGAGGGUUUCCCUGGCAGAUCAGCCUCCACGUCAAGAACUUCGGCCACGUGUGCGGAGCGUCCCUCAUCAGUCCCUCAUGGGUGGUCACCGCGGCCCACUGCGUGCAGGACGACGGCAGGACCAGAUACUCGCAGCCCAGCACCUGGGAAGCUUAUAUGGGCCUUCACACCCAGAAGAAAUUACCCAAGCACGUCGUAAAGAAGAACGUGAAGCAGGUCAUAUCUCACCCGAAUUACAACGACUACACGUUCGACAACGACAUCGCCCUCAUGGAGCUGGAGAGUCCCGUCACCUACAGCGACUACAUCCAGCCCAUCUGCCUGCCAGCUGCCCAGCACGACUUCCCCACUGGGAGCACUGUGUGGAUCACUGGGUGGGGCGCCAAGCGGGAAGGAGGGUUUGCGGCAUCGGUGCUCCAAAAGGCUCAGGUCCGAACCAUAAACAGCGCGGUGUGCAACAAAUUAAUGGGAGGACAGAUCACGUCUCGGAUGCUGUGCGCUGGAGUGCUGAGUGGAGGAGUCGAUGCGUGUCAGGGCGACUCUGGCGGUCCGCUGUCCAGUCCAGCUCGCUCUCGUAUGUUCCUGGCGGGAGUGGUCAGCUGGGGCGACGGCUGCGCUCGCAGAAACAAACCAGGCAUCUACACGACAGUCACCAAAUUCCGGGCCUGGAUCAAACAGAAGACGGGAGUUUAGGAGUCCACUGUGAAACGGUCCGACGAGGCCUCAGACAAAAACAGGAACUGAUGACCGGCGGUCAUGCCUUCGAAUCGUAGCUGCAGUGGAAAACGCACUGUUUGCCUGAAGAACUGUGAUUUUAGUUUUUAUUGAGGACGGGGUUGCUGAAAUGUUUUUACUGUAAAUAAAUGUUUUAUUUUUGUGUAUUUUUAUCAUGUUGUGAUGGAGAACAAUGUUAUAUGCUGCACAAGAAAUAGAUUCCAGGUGUGAUUGUUACACGUGUACACUUAUGAAAUGUGCCCUCUUGUACUCCUGUCUUGUGUGUUUUUUAGUCUUAAUAAUUUUCUGCCAGGGUCUUGUUGUUCUGUAUUUUAUAAAUUAAAAGACAAAAUGACAGCAAGAUCAUUCCAUCUUACCUCCUAUGGAUCGGUAUUAGUCCAGCAGAAGUCCCUGAAAAUCAGUGAUGUGAUUGUUCAUUUGCGUUUCCCUUCACCUCAUGGAUGCCAUUUCUUUUUAAUAGAUGUGAACUGCUUCUUUACAAGUACGAAACAGAGUCAAAUACUGGUUUCUUUUGCAUUUUGUCUGUCAUGUUUAUCAUGUUCAUGUGACCUCUUUGAAUCCAGCACAAUGUUAGUACAGUCUAUGCAGUUUAAUCGGUCUUAAAUGUAAAUGUUUGUUUUAUAGCAGAUGUUUUUAAAUAAAAUAUUUCUAUUUUAACCUUCA